AUGACUCAAUGUGCAAACAAUCCUGCCAUAUCCGGUUCAGAUUCCCGCCUUAUAUUGUCGCGCCUACUGCUCGCCGUCGCAUACCUUAUCGCGGUCGCCGUCGCAGUCCUCUCCUUCUCCCCGCAACUCCGCCUGGCGGAGCGGCGAGCAUCGCCUGCUCGGAGCGGCGGGUCAGGCGUUGAAUACGGGCAAGAGGAUGUCGAGGGGCGGUACGGAGGCCGUCGAGCGCGGCGAUUGGAAGACGAAGAGGCCGCAUUUAACGCGAGCUUCGACUUUAGUCUCAACGAGACGUGGAAGGAGGGAUUCUUCAACAUGACGCUCGAGAUCGAGAAGUGGCGGGCUGGCGGCGGCUGUGAUCGUUUUCGUGAGCGCUUCUCGUCGCACCUCCACGUGGACUUGCUGCAAGACGACGACCCCGCCUCCUGGCCUCCCAACCCCUCGCUCCAGGUCGGUACAAGCCCCCAUAGGCUUCAUUCCCCCCCCACUGCAUCACCACAUUGCUCCAUGAUUGCACGGGCGCAUCACCACCCGUUCCAUCCUCCCCCUCCUUUCUCGCUCACACCCAUCCCCUCCUCCCUCCGCCCCCAUCGCCCCAUUCAUGCAGCCGCUGUCGCUGCCCGAGUGUCCGCGGAUACAGCAGCGGCAUGUGAGCGUGCGCGUGCAGCCGCCCUUCGUGUGGUUCGGGCAGCGCUUUGGCAACCGCCUGGGGCUGGAGGGCUCUCACACGUGCGCGCACUGCGGCCUCACGUGCACGCUUCCUCCGCUCCUCUUUCUCCCUCUCUUGCGCGCCCCUGGCAGUUCUCCUGGGAGGAGCAGGUGGUGCCUCGCCCCGACGUGCUGCUCUUUGUGCGCCAGUACGGCCCUCUCAAGGAGGCCGAACAACGGGCCAUGGAUGCGCUGACCACACGGCCUCCCCACGAGCGGCCGCUACUGGCCCUGCUGGACCCCGAGGCAGCCCCCACGGGCGCCACAGUGCCCGACCGCGAGAUCUUCUCCCCGUGGGUGCCCCCGGAGCAGCGCGCGCAGUGGGACGUGCUGGUGGGGUACCACCGCGACAGCGACGUGCAGAUCACCUAUGUGGGCAUGAACGAUGACGAGGCGCGGAAAGACCUCGUCUCCAACAUCAAACUCGCUGGUGUGCCGCUGUACCGUGCAGGGUCGCAGCAAGCGCGUAGAGGAGUGCCGCUGUACCGUGCGGGGUCGCACUGUUCUGUGCACUGGAGGGAGGCGAUGGUGAAGGACAUUCUGCGCGUGCACACCACGUGGGCGGCAGGCGUGGAUUCUGGCAAGUCAACGUUCACCUCUCCUGUCAUUGUGUUGCCCCUCGUCCCCUCCUCUCCGGCCCUCCCCACCCGACACCCCACUCUUCCUCCACCCCAUCCUCACGCGCCCUGCAGCACGCCUCUGGACAAGUGGACAGCGCGCACACACUGUGUGGAGUCGAGGUACAAGUUUGCCAUCGCCGUGGAGAACAGCGAGCGGGAGAGCUACGCCACUGAGAAGCUCUUUAUUCCCUUCGAUGCCGGUCAGUCGCUGCCCUGCCUUCCCCCUCGCCAACCCCCUCUCCCCUCCCCUCCUCCUACCCUGUCCCCCACUUUCCCCCUUUUUGUCCCCUCUUCCCCCCUUCUGCCCCGCCUUCUUCCGCUCUCAUCCGUUUUGCCCCCUAAUCACUCCCUGUCUCUGCUUGUUCCCCAACAAUACACUUCUGUCAGCACCACCCUUCCGCAGUCGCCACUCUGCACCUCACUGCACCGCCCUUGCCUCCCAUAUCUCCAGGCACGGUACCGGUGCACUAUGUAUGCUCCGGUAUAG